CUUUCUCGUCUUGCAACUCCUAACGGUCUCAAAUUCUCUCUCUCUCUCUCUCUCUCUCUCUCCUUCUUUUGGAAAAUUUGUUUUUGUGUUUUUGCAGGAUGGGUAAGAAAUCGAGUUCUGGAGAAUCAUCAUCGGAUCGAGAAAGCUGGGAUAGACUUUUCAAGACUCUGGUGAAGAUGCUACAGACGAAACAAGAGGAGGUCGAAUCGCUUCUCAAAGACAGGAAGGUUCUCGAAGAUAAGCUCAAAUCUCAACACGAGAACCGGACCUCUGAUGCUCGUAACUACCAGGAACAACUCUCUCUGAUGAAUAGGGAAAUUGAAACGAUGGAGAUGAUGCAGUCCUUUAAGACCUCUCAAUGCAAUCUCUUGUCUGGAUUAAAGGAAAAGGAUCGUUCUCUUUGCAAUUUGAAACUAGAAGAGACGGUGGGCGAGUUAAAUGACUUCAAGGCUUGGUUUGAUUUCCUCACUCUCAAUACAAAUAAGGAAAGUGGCAACUCACCGGAAGCAGAGAUGAGGAAACUGAAGCUUGAGUACGAGAAGCUUGCUUCCGAAAAGAAACGUGAAGUAUCUGAUCUUUCACGAGAGAACGGUUUUGUUUGGAGUCAGCUCAAAGUUAUCGAGAGCGGGUUCACUGAUAAGCUGAAGAAGAGAGAAGACGAGGUUGCGCAAGCGAGUACCAAAAUAUCAAGUCUUUUGUCUUAUCAAGAGCAGCUUCAGUCAUCUAACCAUGAGAAAGAUGAGAUCAUCUCUAGCUUGAAGGCCAAGGUUGCUGAAAUGGAGAUGGAUUCUAGGAAGAGAGAUGAGGAGAUCUCAAAGCUAUCACGGGAUAUAGAGUCUUUGAAGAAGUCUCGUAGCUUUACACCGGUUUUAACUCGAUGCACAACACGUGACAAAGGUAGCAAUGGUAACACCGUGGGAUCUCACGUAUCUACUAAGCAAGAGAAGCUAGCUGCUGCAUCAACACCUAAUCAAGAGGAAAUUAAAAGCUCAAAGAGGAAAAGAGGGAACAAGACCACGCCAGCCACAGUUUCAGUUAUCCCAAAGCUGUUCACUUCCACCUUUAGGCUUCCCAAGUUAAAGUCUCCUCCACCUUCUGGAGCCAUAUAAGAUUUUGAUCUUAUCUAUCUCUCUGUAUUUAGGAUCAUCCCUCUGAUGUAUAUUAGUUUUUUUUUUCUAUAUAGUUCUAGACAGUUUCCACUUUAUUUAGUUAGGAACCUUUGCAUUGGCAUUGCAACUAGCAGCUGUUGCUCCUUUUUGAUGUAUUAUUUGUGAGGUUUCACCAGUGUAAUGUAACAAAGAUUUCAAGUGGCUUCAAUAGAAAGAGUUUUCACGGUUGUGAUUUUA